UACUGAUAAUAAAAAUAUAGUUAUUCAUCUAUCACAAAUAUCUAUGCAAAUAUGUGGAUUAAGUACAACAAUCAAACAACAUAAUGAUUUCCACAAAGAAAAUAUAAAAAAUAUAUUUAUGUUAUGUAGUCUUAUUUUCUAUUCUUUAAAUAAUAUAAUACAAUAUUAUACAUUAUUUUUUAGAAUUGAUAAAUACAUAUAAUAUCUUAUCCGCGCGUAGCGCGGCUAAAAAAUCUAGUAUAGAUAACAAUGAUAUAAGAGUCUUUUGCCACUUAAUGAAGAAAGUAUGUCUCUUUAAUAGUGGUAAAGAUGAAAAGUGGUACCAAUGAAAGUGUUAAACAUAAAAUUUCCCCUAUGAUUAAUGAGUAGACGUUUUUAUAAUUACCAUUUCUGGAUUAUUUCAUUGAAUAUAAGAAAUAUUUAUCAAAUAAAACGGGUUGAACAAACAGAUUUUUUGUUUUUAUUAUGAACUAAUAAUCAGAUUAGUAAUUUGAAAGCGCAGGUUAAAAUAGUAAAAACUAAAAUCGAAAAAGGAUGGAGGGUAUAUGGGAUUUGUUUUUGGUCGGCAAGAGCUUACCAGACUUUGAUUCGAAUUGAAAAGAGAUUUGGCUGGUUGGAGAGGGGACAUCACCUCCAAUGCCCAAUCUCCUCCUCAAUCAAUCUCCUAUGCACCAUAAAAUAUACUAUACCCAUCAAGCAUUAAUGAAUAUGUGAAAAGACCAAAAGGACAUAUUUUAAUUGGAACCAAGAAUGUCCCAAACCAAAAUCGGCAUCCAACAUAACUCGGGUUUGGUCGGAUCUGAAUUGGAUUGGUCUGUAAAAAAAAUUAAAAGUGGUUCUUAUGUUUGUUGGUUUGGUCUAAAAAAAAAGAAAAAAGUGAAUCCCGAUUCUCCCCGAGCUCCCCUCCCCCCAGACCACCCAACCUACAGCUCCUCCUGCAGCUCCUCCUCCACUCUCCCCCUCCUCCACUCCUCCUCCACUCCUCCUCCACUCCUCUCUCUCUCAGCUUCUCGAACGCUGCCGGACACAAUGAGCAAUCACGUCAGAGAUAUACCUGGUAGUCCGAAAGAGAGCUACAAGAUGUUGUAUAGCUAUUUGUACAUGUUAGAGCAAGUGAAUCCGGGGACAAAAACCUGUUUGAAAUUGGAUGAUAGAAGUAAAUUUGAGUACCUUUUCAUAGCUUUGGGAGCUUGCAUUGAAGGGUUUGCAGUUAUGAGGAAGGUGAUAGCUGUGGAGGGGAUACGUCUGAAGAACGGUGGUGUUUUAGUUUUCGCGAAAGCUCAGGAUCCUAAUGGUCAGAGUUAUCCACUUGCGUUUGCAGUAGUAGAUGGUGAGAAUCUUGCUAGUUGGACUUGGUUUUUCGAGAUGCUUAAAAGUGUUAUACCAGACUCUUCUGAACUGGUUUUCAUUAGUACUCUUCAUCAGAGCUUGAUUUUCGCCAUAGGAAACGUAUUUCCACAGGCUCACCAUGGUCAUUGUUUAUGGCAUUUGAAGGAAAAGGUGAAAUUACAUGCUUGUAACGUCAACAAGAAUAUAGUCGGGCAAAAACUUAUGGAGUUGGGCAGAUAUUACACGGUUGAUGACUUCAAUUCUGCUUACGACUCAUUUAAGAUAAGAUGUCCAGCUGCGUACAAGUAUGUGGAGGAAUGUGGUAUUGAAAAGGACAAAUGGGCAAGGGUUUUUUUCCCACGUGAUAGGUACAACUUGGAUACAAGCAACACUCUGGGAUCAAUGAAGAACGUGUUUAAAGAGGCAACAAGGUGGGCCUUAAUACCAAUGCUGGAUUGUAUCAUUAGGAAAUUCUCUGAUUGGUUCACUCAACGGAAGGAUGUUGUUUCUAGAUCAAUGAAUACAAGACUGGUGCCUCGGGUUGAGAACUACUUGCACGAUCUAUGGGCUGUUGCACAUAAGUUACCUGUGCGGGAACUUGAUAGUUACGAGCUUAAGUACGAGAUCACUGACACUGCAGGAAAGGUGUUUUGGGCGACCUUGGUUGGAAAAACUUGUACUUGCAAGGUGUGGGACUAUGAAAAGUUCCCUUGUCUGCAUGGACUGGCAGCUUAUAUCUAUUUCGCUAGGAAUGUUGAUGGCAGGCGCCUUGAUAUCCAUGAGUUGUGCUCAAAAUACUACUGGACGGAAAUGUGGCAUUUGGCGUAUUCCAGAACACUUAAUGUUGUGCCCGACAUGGCUUCUUGGAAUGUACCAGAUCAGAUCAAGGAGGUGAAGAUCAUACCUCCAUAUCGCAUCAAGCGGCAAGGAAGGAAAAGAGUUUAAAUUUGGAUGAAUUUGGAGUAAUGCAUAUUUCGAGUAAUGCAUUUGGGUACUUGAUUUUGUGGCUCUUGAACUUUGUUUCAUUUCGUGUUGUAUCGUGUUGUAUGACUUGGAAAACUGCGUAAACUUGAAAUCUACUUUGUUUUGUAAUGACAUUAGUAUUAUCUAUAUCAAAACUCGAAUCUCAUAGUUUUUUCUCUAUCAAAACCUGAAUAUCAUUGUUUUAUAUUUGUUUUCGCAACUCUAACAUAUAUUUAUAAUAAAACUCGGUUAUCAAUUUCUGAAAUUUAGGAAAAAAACUCUCAUGUAUCCCUUACGAGACCUUGUAAUUCCAAUAACACUUUGUUGGCCAAAGACAUCUUACAAACGAAACUUUCGAGUUAUAUCUAUUCGCUAAAUAUAAUUGCACGGAACUAUAUAUAUAACAAUUUAAACUAGUAAUAUUGAAGGUAAAACUAGAUAACCAAUUUUAAUAGAUUAGUAACACUAAAUAAAUUAGAAACCGACAAAAAUAUAACUAUGACCAAAGUUGGGAAUACUAGUAUCUUGGGUAUAACUAUGAACAAAUUUUUUUUGGGCAAUUAUCUCAACCACACAAAUUUACUCCCCUCCCAAAGCCUUUCAAGUACUUUCAGUUUGACUUUUUAUCCCUUUUUCAUCUCUCCCUCUCUCUUUCUCUCUAUUUCUCCCCCCAUUUCCUCUUCCCCCCCUCUCUCCCGUGUCUCUCUCCCUCUCUCGUCUCUCUUCUCUAUUUUGAGAAUCGAAUUCUCUUCCCCCCUCGCCGAGCAAGUGAGAUGGAAAAAGUGAAGAUGGAAGUGGGUUCGGGUUCGGGUUCGUCUUUAUCGCAAAGGAGCCGCCGCCGAUUUUCUUGUCUGAGGUUGUGUCACUGUGGCUUGCCGGCGAAAAUAAGGCAAGCUUGGACUGAGAAAAAUCCUGGUCGACACUUUUAUGGCUGUCCGCGUUUUAAGGUAUGAAUAUAUGAUGGAAUCUGGAUAUAAUGGAAUCUGAAUUUGAAUUGGGUUUGAAUUUUGACCUUAUUGCAGCUUGGAAAUGAAUGCAAUUACUUCUCUUGGUUCGAUGAAGAGGUUGGUACAGAAUGGCAAAGGAGAGCAUUGCUUCAAGCCCGUGAUGAAAUCCAGGAGAAGGAUAAAGUGAUUGAGCAAUUACAGAAGACCAUUUCUGAAAUGAAAAGUCACUUGGAGAAGAAGAAGACAGGGAAGGGCGGGGGCGGGAAUGACGAAAAUGAAGAAGAUGACAUUGUUAGGAAGUUUGAAGAAUUGUAUGCUUAGUUUAAGUGUGGUGUUGAAGAAUUAGUUUUCCUAGUAUUUCUAGUUUUCCUAGUUUUCAUUAAGUUCUACAAGUUCUCCUAGUUGUCCUAGUUUUCAUUAAGUUAUCCUACUUUUCUUAGUUUUCCUUAAGAGGCACAUUCAAAAAAUAAUCAUAAGAACUUCCAUGAUAACAAGAUUGCAACAUCCAUGAUAACAAGAACAAGUUCCAUCCAACAUACCUAA